AUGGCUGCCAUGUCCCGCCUCCUGGGCGCCAUCACUGUGAUGGCCUUCACCGUCAUCUCCAGCACUGCCACUCCCUUCACGGGCAAGCCCGUCGACCCCAACUGCGGCGUCAUCUGCAGCAACCUCGAGCGGCCCUACGACGGAGCAGUCUGCUACGAGACCAAGCGCGAGGACGGAACCUGCCAGCCUGUCUGGGUCACCGCCGCCAUGCUUUCCACCCGCGGCGACGGCUUGAAAGAUGUCGACCACAAGGCCCCCGGCGCCCACUACCACAACACCGUUCCCGUCGCCGGCAACCUCCCCAUCAUCAACGACCGCGAGGACGCCGGAACCGAGAAUUCCCUCGCCAAGCGCCUCCAGUUCGACCUCGCGCCGAAGCCUCAGCGCGUCUGCGAGUACGUCGGCCCGACCUGCAUGGACCCCAGCCGCGGCAAGGGCGCCAACCCCGGCGAUUGCGAGGACCUCAUCCGCUUCUGGUACAACAACCACGGAAAGUGGACCAUCCAGAAGAGAGACCUCGAGGGCCGCCACUACCUGGAGCUCGCCCAGAGCGGCAGCUGCCUCUACGCCGUCGGCCACCCCCACCUCUCGGUUCAGGCGAACGAUACGGUCGUGGGCAACUCCGACAUCUGGGCCACCCUAGCCCAGGGCUUCAACGAGUGCGGCAACAAUGGCAAGAUGGAGGUCCAGGGCAUGCUCGACUGCGAUGAAUGGAGCCUCUUCUUCUGGAUCGGCAGCAAGGACAAGUUCGAGUGCUGCAAGGGCGAGCAUCCCCCCAAUGCGUGA